GAGGAAAGAAGGCGACCCGGAGGCUGGUUGUUCCUGCCUCAGGGCCUUAAUGGUGGAUGUCUGUCUUUCUAGAACUCUCCUGCCCCUCAGCUGCAGGAUGACAUUUAAUGAUUCAUAUUUGGUAAGGAAGACUCCCAGAUCCGGAGAAAGAAGAAAGAAGAGGAGUUCAGAAUGGCUCUUACUCAGGGACACUUGACAUUCAGGGAUGUGGCCAUAGAGUUCUCUCAGGAGGAGUGGCAGCGCCUGGACCCUGCUCAGAGGGCUUUGUACAGGGCCGUGAUGUUGGAGAACUACAGGAACCUGGUCUCCCUGGGACUCUUGCUUCCUGACCUGACUGUUCUCUCCAUGUUGGAGGAAGGGAAAGAGCCCUGGACUGUGGAGACUAAAGUGGAAACACCAAGAAAUUCAAAUAAGGAGGAAUGGAUCAAAGGUGUGUACUCAGGGAGGAGCUGUGUAUUGGGAAUGGAAGCAAGAUACAAACCUACUAAAAAUCAACUUGGAUUAACCUUUUAUUCCCAUCUGCCUGAACAGCCAUUAUUUCAAGAUGAAGGGAAAACUGAUGAAUGGAAUGAAGUUGAAAACUCUCUCAACCAUAUUACCUCAUUUUCUCCAGUUGAACACAUUCCUUCCAAGCUCAAAACCCACAUGCUUAAUAAAAAUCAGAAUGAUUUUGCCCAUUCUCCAACAGUCACACAAGAACUGAACGUACACAUUAGGGAAGAGCAUAAUGAGUGUGGCAAAGCCUCUAGUGUGUCUUCAAGCCCUUCUGACCAUGGGGAAAUUCAUACUGGAAAGAAGCCUGCGAAAUGUGAAGAGUGUAGCAAGACCUUCAGGCACAAUUCAGACUUGGUACAACAUUGGAGAAUCCAUACUGGGAAGAAACCUCAUAGAUGUAAUGAGUGUGGGAAAGUUUUCAGGCAAAAUGCACACCUAUUCCAACAUCAGAGAAUUCACUCUGGGGAGAAACCUGGCAAAUGUGACGAGUAUGGCAGAGCAUGUAGUCUUCUUUCAAGGCUUUAUGAACAUCAGGUAAUCCAUAAUGCAAAUAAACCUUACAAAUGUGAGGUGUGUAGCAAAGUUUUCAGGCAAAAUGCACACUUAGCAAGGCAUCGUAGGCUUCACACUAGAGAGAAACCAUACAAAUGUAAGGAGUGUGGCAAGGCCUUUAUUUACAGUUCACACCUUAUAAAACAUGCAAAUGUUCAUACUGCACAGAAAACGUACAAAUGCAAUGAGUGGGGCAAGGUCUUCUGUUACAAAUCAAACAUUAAAAAUCAUCACAAAACUCAUUUUGGAGAGAAACCUUGCAAAUGUUAUGAAGGUGGCAAAAAAUUUAGUUGGUCUUCAAGGAUUCCUAUACAUCAGGUUAUCCGUAAUGCGGAUGAACCCUAUAAAUGUGAUGAUUGUGGGAAGGUUUUCCAGCACAAAUUAUCCCUAACAGUGCAUCUGAGAAUUCAUACUGGAGAGAAACCUUACAAAUGUAAUGAAUGUGACAAGGUUUUCAGUCAGAGAGUAUCCCUUAGGGUUCAUCAGAAAACACAUACUGGAGAGAAACCUUACAAUUGUAGUGAGUGUGGCAAAGUCUUCCGUCACAAAUCAAAUCUUAAAAAUCAUUACACAAUCCAUUUGGGAGAGAAACCUUACAAGUGUAAUGAAUGUGGCAAGGCCUUCAGACAGAAGGUAGGCCUUACCGUUCAUCAGAAAAUACAUUCUGGAGAGAAACCUUACAAAUGUAAUGAAUGUGGCAAGGCUUUCCGUCAUAAAUCACACCUUAAAAAUCAUCAUAAAAUCCAUACAGGAGAGAAACCUUACAAAUGUAAUGAAUGUAACAAGGCCUUCAGAGAAAAAACAUCCCUUACACGUCACCAGCGAAUUCAUACUGGAGAGAAACCUUACAAAUGUAAUGAGUGUGGCAAGGUCUUCUGUCAACAAUCGACCCUUAAAACUCAUCACAGAAUUCAUACUGGAGAGAAACCUUACAAAUGUAAUGAAUGUGGCAAGGUCUUCUGUCAACAGUCAGCCUUUAAAACUCAUCAGAGAAUUCACACUGGAGAGAAACCAUACAAAUGUAAUGAGUGUGGCAAGGCCUUCGGUUUAAAGUUAUACCUUAAAAGUCAUCUAAGAAUCCAUGUGUGAGAGAAUCCUUACAAAUGUAAUGUAUGUAUUAAUGUCUUUAGUCAUAUUUCAUGCCUUGCACAGCAUCGGAGAAUUCAUUUGUGGAGACUGCAAAUUCCUUGAGGGUGCCAACUCUUCAUUAUGAGUUCCAUCAUUAAUCAGCAUCAGAGAGUCUAUGCUAAAGAGAAAUCAAAUAAAUACAAUGUGUGUGACUGAGGCUUUAUCCAGGCCUGACCACUCAUUACACAACUAAAGGUACAUCUUCAAUGAAACCACCCAAAUGAAAUGUUUGUUAUGUGACUAAUACCCAAGGACCAGUCCUCUGGAAUGUCAGAGUGUUUGCACAGGAAAGAUAUCAAUCUCUAUUUUACCAGUAUUUAAUGUCUGAUGAUACUGGUGGAGAGCAAGUAUAAAUCAAAAUACAUUGCCCCUCAUGACUUGGUACAUAUCAAACUGGACAGGACAUAUGGACAUGGUCAAUUAUAUUUAUGUUAUACAAUGUUUCAUUAUUUGAGGUUCUUUCAAAAGGCUGCUUUAGGCACAGUGCCUAUAGCUUAAGCAGCUAAGGCACCAACCACAUGCAUCAGACCUGGUGGUUUCGAAUCCAGCCCAGGCCUGCCAAACAACUACAACCAAAAAAUAGCUGGGCACUGUGGCAGGCACCUGUAGUCCUAACUACUUGGGAGGCUGAGGCAAGAGAAUUGCUUUAGCCCAGGAGUUCGAGGUUGCUGUGAGCUGUGAUGCCACACUCUACCCAGGGCAUCAGCUUGAGACUGUCUCAAAAAAAAAAAGACUGCUUUACUUAUGACUUUCAACCUGAUCCUUGAAAUCUCUUCACACGCAUUUUUUUUUACCAACCUUUUACUGUGGUAUGUAGGAAAGAAUGGGUAGAAUGACAGCUUUCAAUUGAUCACUGAGAAUCAUUUCUAUCUUACGUCUUAGAAGAGAAAGGACACUAAUUUUGGAGAUUAAUGGUUUGGGGAUUUUUUUUUCUAUUUUUAUGGAGACUGUAAUCCAGGGUGAAGUGCACUGGUGUGACCACAGCCCAGUGCACCCUCUUAAUUCCUGGGCUCCAGCUAUCCUGGCUCCUCUACCUCUCAGCUGGGACUAUAGUACACCAUAGUUGGCCCACCUGAUUUUUCUUAAUUUGUUUGUGAAAGUAACAGUCUCACUACAUUCCCCAGGCUAGUUUCAAACUUUGGAUUCUAGCAAUUCUUCCAAUCUGGUCUCCCAGCUCUCUGGGUUUUACAGAUGUGAGUCAUCAUACCUUUUUCCUUUGAGGUUGAUAUUGUCUGAUUUAUACAGGAUGGCAAUGAGUAGUGAAUGUUGUAUAAUGGUCAUCAUGCAUAGACCAUUCAACACAUGCUUCUUGAGAAACGUGGCGGGUUUUAUGAACCAAAUGUUCCACCAAAUCAGAGAUAAAGAACAGGCCACAAGCUUUGGACACUGAGAAUCACAUGGAAAGAGAGUGAUGAAAGGACCAAUGAAGUUUGUAGAAACAAUGCAGGGAUACUGGUGGUCACCUCCAUUGGAUGGUACUAGGUGGUGUGUACCAAACUCUGAUACAAGGAAGUCUUUUUAGAAGUUAAAGAGAGAAAAGUUAGAUCCAAAUAGACAGUUUUAUCAAAACUACCAGUAGAGCAUGUUCUUCAGGAGGAUUCACAUUUACCUCUUGGCACUAUAAUUUGCAUCUCUUAUUCAGGAUGCACCAUAAUUUUGAGUUUUAACUAAUGAAGAUUAAUAUUUUUUCAUAGCUAUAAAUAAAUCAGAGUCUUUCUACCAGUGUUUUUUUUUUUUUUUUUUCUUUUUGAGACAGAGCCUCAAGCUGUUGCCCUGGAUAGAAUGCUGUGGUGUCACAGCUCACAGCAACCUCCAACUCCAGGGCUCAAGCAAUUCUCCUGCCUCUGCCUCCCAAGUAGCUGGGACUACAGGUGCCCACCACAACGCCUGGCUAUUUUUUGUUGCAGCUGUCAUUGUUUGGCAGGCCCAGGCUGGAUUUGACCCCGCCAGCUCAGGUGUAUGUGGCUGGAGCAUUAGCCGCUUGAGCCACAGGAGCCAAGCCUUUUUUUUUUUUUUUUUGAGACAGAGUCUUACUUUGUCACCCUUGGUAGAGUGCUGUGGUGUCAUAGCUCACAGCAAUCUCAAACUCUUGGGCUCCAUGGCUUGGCACCUGUAGCUCAGUGGCUAGGGUGCCAGCCACAUACACCGGAGCUGGCAGGUUUGAAUCCAGCCUGGACCUGCCAAACAACAAUGACAACUAGAACCAAAAAAAAAACUCCUUGGGCUCCAGUGAUUCUCUUGCCUCAGCUUCCCAGAGUGCUAGGAUUACAGGUAUGAGCCACCACGUCUGGCCACUCUACCAGUGUUGUUUUAUUCCACCUGAGUACUUCAUAACAGACAAUAGUAAUGCACUAAUGGGUUCUUACAGAUGAAGCAUCUGGAAAAAUCUUUUGUGAAAUCAGACAUGCAUCACUAUGAAUUAAAUUUUCUGUGUUAUAUUUCUGCAUGUUUCUCUCAUGUGCCUAGCAGGACCCAUGGCAUGUACCUGCAUUUUCCUUAAUUAUGCACGCAUAGUAAUACAUAACUGAUUUCCAAAAAAAGAAUAUGUUGAUGUCCUUUUUCUCCUUACAGGACUCAGUGACAUAAUCUUCAAAUAUUAUCCCUCAUGCAUUUCCUUUUUUUUGUAGAGACAGUCUCACUUUAUGGCCCUCAGUAGAGUGCUGUGGCAUCACACAGCUCACAGCAAUCUCCAACUCCUGGGCUUAAGCAAUUCUCUUACCUCAGCCUCCCAAGUAGCUGGGACUAGAGGCGCCACCACAACACCCGCCUAUUUUGUUGUUGUUGUAGUUCCACGGGGGCCAGUGCCCUACCGACUGAGCCACAGGCGCUGCCCCAUGCAUUUCCUCUUAAGAAUCAGCACUGAAGGCUCUGCGCCUGUGGCUUAAGCGGUUAAAGUGCCAGCCACAUACACCUGAGCUGGUGGGUUCGCGUCUAGCCUGGGCCCACCAAACAGCAAUGACGGCUGCAACCAACCAAGAAUCAGCACUGAAAAUAGGAUUUUGAUUUGCUGGAUAAACUAGCAGCCACCUGUAUUCACUCUCAUAACACUGUCCCCAGGUCGUGAUUUUCAGUCCUAAGAAUCUUGCUUGUUCACAUGCACCUAACCUUUAGUUGUGAUAUUGACAGUGAUACUAUACACGGAAGAGGUGUGAGAAUUUGUAUUGCACAGCGAGGUUUCUGAGGAAAGAGAAUAGUCCUCUCCACCAGCAGGUGCAAACAUAGCUUCAGAGGAAGUGGCAUGAGUGGGGUGUUAUGAAAUUUAAGGAUGGGGUGGAGGUGGAGAACCCACAUGUGGUUUAAAGCUACACCUCGUGUCAAAGGAUGGAGCACUCAGCCAGAUGAGGUGGCUCACACCUGUAAUCCCAGCAACUGGGAGACCGAGGUGGGUGGGUUGCCUGAGCUCACAGGUUGAACCAGCCUGAGCCAGAGCGAGACCUCGUCUCUAAAAAAUAGCUGGUAUUGUGGCAGGUGCCUGUAGUCCCAGCUACUUGGGAGGCUGAGGCAAGAGAAUCGCUUAAGCCCAGGAGUUUGGGGUUGCUGUGAGCUGUGACACCACAGCAUUCUACCAGGGGUGACAAAGCGAGACACUGUCUCAAAAAAAAAAGAUGGAGCACUCCCCAUUAGCCAACCAGAUGGGCAGAAUGGGAAAAGGGAAGGCAGAAGUAAAAAUGGUAUUACUAUUCAAAUAUCACAUGAUGCAGUUUGACUUUUGCAGAUAACAUAUAUAUAUAUUUUUUUUUUGAUUUUUGGUUUGUUUUUUUUUUUAGAGACAGAGUCUCACUUUGUCAC